AUGAGCUUCAGCACUGAGACCAGAGGACGAGAGAACACACAAGACUACAGACUUUACUUCAAAAACAAAGAGGGAAAAUACAUAUCUCCGUUCCAUGACAUCCCCAUCUACGCCGACCAGUCAGAGCGCAUCUUUCAUGCAAUUAUUGAGGUUCCAAAGUGGACAAAUGCAAAAAUGGAGAUCGCCACUAAAGAUCCUCUGAAUCCACUGAAGCAGGACGUGAAGAAAGGGAAUCUACGGUAUGUUGGGAACAUCUUUCCUCACAAAGGAUACAUCUGGAACUACGGAGCCCUCCCUCAGACGUGGGAAGAUCCAGGACACAGAGAUGAAGACACACACUGCUGUGGGGACAAUGAUCCCAUCGACAUCUGUGACAUUGGUCAUAAGGUGUGUUGUCGUGGUGAAAUCAUUGGUGUGAAGGUGUUAGGAGCUCUGGCACUGAUCGAUGAAGGAGAAACCGACUGGAAAGUGAUGGUCAUUAAUGUGGAAGACCCAGAGGCCAAAGACUUUCAUGAUAUCGACGAUGUCCGCAGACUCAAACCCGGCUAUCUGGAGGCCACACUUGAAUGGUUCAGAAUGUAUAAAGUACCUGACGGGAAGCCAGAAAACCAAUUUGCCUUCCAUGGUGAAUUUAAAAACAGGGAUUUUGCUAUUAAGAAGGUUGAAGACACUCACAGCUUCUGGAAGUCUCUGAUCUCCAAGAAGAGCGAUGCUGGAGAAAUCAACUGUCUGAACACCGGUGUCACAGAAAGCCCGUUCCUCUGUUCCAGCGCAGACGCCAAAGCCAUCGUAGAUUCAGCACAUCCAUGCGGUGAUGCAGAACCCAUCCCCGGCUCAGUUGAUAACUGGUUCUAUUACAAACAGUCGUAG